AUGAGGGUUCAAUUGAUUACAAAUUUCUGUUCAGUGACUUUGUUCAUAUCCUCUAGCAAUGCGAUUGGUUUGGGGCUUGCAGACCUAUAUGCUAAAAAUCGUGAAUUUUCCGGUGAUUUUUUGGAUAGGCUUAGUAAACGAAUUGAAAACGAUAUUACGUCUGAACGUCUCUUGAUACCCGAACCUGAAGUCAUGAAUCACGGAAGUGAUAUGAAAUUUCGAAUUGAAGCAUUUAAACCUGAAAUUCCUGGUUCGGACCAAUACCAAGCUUCUGGUAGGAAAUCUAACAAAGGAGAGAUGCAGAAGGACGACGCUAUCAAUGCAAAAAUAGAGAGGGCUGCAACUCAUUUAGACGAGAAUACAGAAGGUACAUAUGCGCCGCUUCAUGGAAGAAGUGAGGAAAUGGUUUCUCAUGAAGUGCCAAGCUCUCUAAAUGAGAUAGAAGCGCAUCAAUUUGAAAAUAUACCUUUAUCCCCUAGAUCUGAAGUACCAUCUAAGGAGUUCGAAGAUGAGCGGCUGGGUGGAGAAUUGCAGGAUCAUGAUAUAUCAUCGUAUCAUCUCGAAGGGUCUUCUGCUGCUCAAGACAUUAAUGAAGAUAAAAGUGACCAGGGUCACUUAUCACUUGAAGAAAAAUCAAGUAAAUCGAAGUUGGACCGAGGGAGUGUUUCCUCAGAGAGCUCUGGAGGAGCCCAAUCAAAGAUGGAUGGAAAUUCCGAAUUGAGUAGCCUGAAAGACUACGGUCAGGAUACUGUCAAUGCGGCACUUUUUUUCAAUAGAGGAAGAAAUUUACGAAAGGUCGGUGGAACAAAGAAAAAGACAAUGGGUCCCAGACCCGUCGUUCCUUUAAAACCUGUCGUUAGAUUUUCAAGCGAGGGAAAUGCUUCAUAUCCUUUAUCGUUGAACCCUGAAGUUUCAUUUGGAUUACGUAUGUGCACUUCUAUUCCAAAAAUAUUUAUUGCUAUAAUAGGUAUUCUCUUAACAUGCUAA